AUGAAAUACUUAGGACUAACAUUGGACAGCAGGUGGUCCUUUACAGCCCACUUUACGGAUCUAGCUCCCAGAUUGGAGGGAUCGGCAUUGACCCUAAGUAGGCUCCUACCAAAUUUGGGGGGACCUAAUGAUAGGACGAGGAAAUUAUAUAUUAAUGUAAUUAAAUCUAUAGCCCUAUACGGGGCACCGAUAUGGGCCUAUCAGGUCAGAACAAACAGGAGAGCAAUACAGAUAUUGAGAAGGUCUCAACGCAGGAUUACAGGAAGAUUAAUAAGAGCAUAUAAAACGACGUCACAUGCCGUAAACUCGGUCCUGGCAGGAGUUCCUUCAUUGGAACUAGAGGCUAUCCAGUAUAAGGAGGUUUACGAGAGGGUGACGAAUUUGAGGGGAAGAGACACACCUGUCCAAAAGAAUGAGUUGGACACUAUAAGGGAAACAUCAAGGAGAAAAAUGGUCAGAAAUUGGGGAGAAUGA